ACGCUGCCAACGCAACAGACUGUAACGUCAGCCACCAAUUGGGCAAUCGAUUACCUACUUAGCUAAGUAGUAUGAACCACUAGAAACGCGGACAACUUUCAACUUACAUUUCUCUGCAGUCAUCAAUCGCCCUCGAAUACCAUAGUGUUGUAUUGGACUUGAUUCAAGCUGUUUCUCAACAACCAUGGGAAACAAAGACCCUAGUGCGGCCGCUGCAGGCGUUAGUGGAGAUUGCGCGAUGCCAAUGACGCUGUCAGAGUUCGACACCUACAACCGCCUUGCCGUAAUGAUGUAGAAGUUUGUCAUUACACGAUGCUUGUGAAUCAAGGCCAAUGACAUUCCUGGUCCGUUUCUAAAUUGCAUCCUAGCAUGGCUAUUUUCGAAGAACCUGGAAGCGCCUCUACUAUGCAUGCACCGCGCCUGAUAGCACGGCGAAAAUGACCGACGACCAGAUCAUCAGAGAAGGGUUAUUCCUCUCUUAUCGUCUAACCAAUCAUCACAAUCUCGAAGAAAGCUCUUUAUUCCCUCUUCUUGCUCUCAAAAUGCCGCACUUUCGGGUAGACGACGCAGUAUUAGUGGAACAGCACCGCCAAAUACACGGCGGGCUUGAAGUAUUCCAGCGGUACCUAGAGAAUUGUCGGACGCGCAAGAGUGAGUUGGAGCUGCAAACUCUCAAGAGCAAAAUGGAUUCGAGGGGAGAUGUGCUCCUUUUGCGUCUUGAUCAAGAAGUCGAGAUGUUGGGAGCGGAAAAUAUGAAGAAAUAUUGGACCCCAGAGGAGAUGCCAGUAAUGCGAAUUUGAAAUAUGCCAAUUGUGGGGUACAUCUGAAUUUUGAUUAACGCUCAAUAAAGCUCCGAUAAUAACGCGCCAAAGACAUAUUCCUUUCAAUUGGGACUCUUAGAGUUCAGUCUUACGGAACAGAGUCCGGCUUCGGCUUUGGGCGAUCGUGGCGGCUCGCGAGACCAGAGCGGAUACG